CCUUUAUAUAUUUGCUCUCACUCUGUCAAGCUAGACAGAGCUUGAAGAAGAAGAAAGAAGCUUGUUUUGUGUAUCAGUCAACAAUGGCGGAUGAGGUUGUUCUUUUGGAUUUCUGGGCAAGCAUGUUUGCGAUGAGGGCGAGAGUGGCGCUGGCUGAGAAGGGUGUCAAGUAUGAGAACAGAGAGGAGGACUUGAGGAACAAGAGUUCAUUGCUUCUGCAGAUGAACCCGGUUCACAAGAAGAUCCCGGUUCUCAUCCACAACGGUAAACCGGUCUGUGAGUCUCUGAUCAUUGUGCAGUAUGUUGAUGAGGUUUGGAGGGACAAAGCUCCUCUGCUUCCCUCUGAUCCUUACCAGAGAGCUCGGUCAAGGUUCUGGGCUGACUUCAUUGAUAAGAAUGGGAGUUUCAAUGGGUCACUCCGUUCCACACCAGACCUUGAGUUGAAACUAUGCUAUAUGUUGCUUCGAGGAAAAUAUGGGGCACACAAGGAGAGGAACAAGAGGCAGGCAAGAAGGAAUUUGUUGAAGCCCUUAAGCAGUUGGAAGGAGAGCUUGGAGACAAGCCUUAUUUUGAGGGUGAGAGCUUUGGGUUCUUGGACAUUGCUCUUAUCCCAUUCUACAGCUGGUUCUAUGCAUAUGAGACUUAUGGAAACUUCAGCACAGAGGCAGAGUGCCCCAAGCUGAUUGAAUGGGCCAAGAGGUGCAUGCACCGGGAGAGCGUGUCAAAAUCUCUUGCAGACCCUAAAAAGGUGUAUGAGUCGCUUGUUAAUUGGGUAUAGAACAGGUUGCUAGCCAGCAGCAGACUCUAUCAACAUGGUCACCAUGUUAGCAAAUCCUGCAAUCAUAUGUUAGGCUGUUCUUCUGGAUCUUUUUCCUUUCAGCUUUGUUUUUCCAGUCAAUAAUGAUAUUUGCCGUCGACAAUAGUAAUGCAGACACUUUGAUGUGUUUGCCUAUUGUUAUGAAUAAAGUGUUCAUAUGUAGAAAGGGUGUUUCUGAGUUGCA